AGCACGUGGUUUUGUGUGUUUGACAGCUGUCAGUCGAAUCAAUUCAAAAGACGUUUUUCAAUAUGCUGGAAGCUAUAGGCAGUAAUUCCAAGUAUUUUUUUUAUUUAGAGCAAAUUUGUGUGGUUUCUGGUAAUCCAAGUAAUUCUGGGAACUCAAAGUAAUCCGUGACAUAUUGCCAGUAAUCCUGGUAAUUCCAUUCAGACUGGUCAGUAAUCCUUGAUGCUGGAAACCCCUUGUUUACACCCGGCUUUUACCUCACCGUCGAACAGCUGGAGCAGAUGGCCAAACAAGAGACCAAAGUGUCCCUUUUUGUUGGGCUGCUCGUUACGGAGUUGGUUGGGGAAAACCGCCUAAUCAACAUGAGCGUUACUGGCAAACCAUGCCAACGCUUCCGUAAUAAGCGCAACGCGGAUGGCACGUGCACGCAUCCGCCAAAGGAGGGACUGGACCCUGAGGUUUUUAACUUCAUCUGCGACAAAGUCGCUGAGCGAGCCGCCAUCAUUAAUGGUGCGGAAAAUGUCGCUUUAAUCCGUGCGGCGUCGAACGAGACACUAAUUCGAGGGUUUAUUGCAACCAAGAUCCAGAACCUCGUCAAGUCCCAUCGGAAACGCGCUCGAGGAUUGGAGAAGUCGGGUUCGGGAUAGAUCAUCUAUGCGUUAACGCUGGCUUGGUUUGAAGAUGUUUUGAUUUUGUGAUCGUUAAGUUUUUUUUUUUUUUUAAGAUUUGUUUGAGUUUAAAUGACUAGAAGAAAUGUGCUUUAAGACGCGAAAUGAAAAUUGAACAGUGAAUUGAAUGUUCUGCCUCGUUCGUAAAUAAAAUCCGAAAUAUUUCAAAAGAUUCGAAUUGGGUAUUGAAGUUUUGUUUUUAGU